AUGACAUCAGUCAAAAUUGGUUACAGAUUCGAUGAUUCAUUCACAAACUAUGAUGACACAUUAUAUUCUUGCCAAGGAUAUGAAAUGAAAUAUAAUGCUUAUAUUCCAAUUGACUCAUCACUUCAAGCUGGAACCCAUACACUCUAUGUCUUCGCCGAAAACACUUAUAGUGUAAGAUCUCAAGAGGCUAGUGUAACUUUCGAACUCAUAAUAUCUACUGCUCCAUCCAUCAAGAGUGUAAGAGUAUCAAAUGCCAUUGCACAGCCAGGAGAAAAGAUUUAUAUAACUGGCCUUUUCAAGGACACUGAUUCAAACGAUGCAAUCUCAUUCAGUGCUCAGUUCGGAAGUGGAGAAUUAAAAUAUCUUGGUGAAUUAGCAACAAAUGGAAGAUGGCAGAUAUUCAACUUCUCUUACACAAUUCCUAAAGUUACAGAACUCAAGGACUAUAAAAUCACCGUCUUUGGCAAAGAUAAAUCAGGCAAUCCAUCAAAUGAUGCAUCUGUCACUAUAACAAUCUAUAUCCCGCUUAGAACACCUCAAUAUACACCUCUUUCAACACCACUUACAACUCCAUUUACAACCGCUCUCCAGACUCCAGCAUCCACAGCUCACAUUACACCAUUUACAACAGCUCUCCAAACACCGGCAUCCACAGCUCAUGUAACGCCAUUUACAACUGCUAUUGAAACACCAUUCUCAACAGCUCAUGUCACACCAUUUUCAACUGUCAUUGAAACGCCAGCAUCCACCGCCUUUAGAACAGAGUCUUCAACAGCAUUUGAAACUCCAUUCCAAUCACUUUUCCAGACAGCUGUUGAAACACCAUUUGAAAGCGCAUAUCAAACUCCUGAAUUAACAGUUCAAGAAACCCUCUUCCAAACAGCCGAAGAAACUGUUUUCGAAACCCCAUUUGAAACAGUUUAUCAAACAGCUGAAGAAACUCCAUAUGAAACUGUUUAUCAAACUGUUUCUAGUACACCUUUUGAAACUGAAUAUGAAACUCCAUUUGAAACAGCUUUCAAUACAAUGGAAGAAACUCCGUUCAGUACUCCAUAUGUCACAAAGUUUGAAACUUUUGCUGAGACUCCUUUCAUUUCUCCAUUUGAAACAAACGCACAGACUGCUCAUGAAACACCUUAUUCUACUGCAUUUGAUACUCCAUAUCAAACAUCUUUUGAAACACCAUUUGAAACAACUGUAGAUACACCAUAUAAUUCACCUUUCCAAACAAUUGUUCCAACAAAGAAAGAGACACCUGAUCAAACACCACAAAAUACGCCCGGCUCAACUUUCUAUCAGACACCUUAUGAAACUGUUGAUGAAACUGUUUAUCAGACACCAUUCACUACUCCAUUCAACACACAUGUAAAUACAGUUCAGGAAACUCUUGUUGAAACCCAGAAAGAGACACCAUUCAACACUCAAAAAGAAACUCCAUUUGUUACAUUCCAGCCAACACCAUUUGAAACUCAACAAGAAACACCUCAUGAAACAUUCAUUCCAACACAACAGCAAACUGCAGCCGAAACAAAUGCAGAGACAGCUGUUGAAACACCAUUUACAACUCCAGUUAACUCUCCAGUUACUCCAGUUCCAACUACUACCACAAAUGAAGAAAAUCACUCAAUUCUUUACAAUUCUCAUUCAUCAAUAAUGCAGGAUUCAUCUUCUCUCAAGAAUCACAAGAGCAAGAACAUGCUUCCAAUUAUUGUCAUUUGCUGUUGCGUUCUUAUUGCAAUUAUUGCAGCAGCAAUCAUUGCAGCUAUUUUGAUUCAUAGGAAGAAUGCAAAUGAAUCUGAAGAAGAAGAAUCAGCAGUUGAAAUGGAGGAAACAGUAAUAACACCACAAGUUGCUACAGACUCUAUUACUCACGAUAAUCCAUUAUUUACAACUUCAAUUAAUGAUGAAUCUGAAGACAUAUUUGCAAAUGAAUUUGAAGAAUCUAAUCCAGUUCAUUAUUUCUUUGAGAAAGAAAAUGAAUAA